AUGGAGGAGGAGCUGAAGUGCCCGGUGUGCGGCUCGCUGUUCCGCGAGCCCAUCAUCCUGCCCUGCUCGCACAACGUCUGCCUGCCCUGCGCCCGCACCAUCGCCGUGCAGACCCCGGAAGGCGAGCAACCGCUGCCCGCGCCGCCGCCACCCCCGCGGGCCGCCGCCACCGCGGCGCCCGCCCCGGAGCCCGAGCCCGCGGGCGCGGCCAGCGAGCUCGCGGACAAGCUGAGCCUGCACAGCGAGGCCGACAGCGGCUACGGCUCCGGCACGCCCAGCCUCAAGUCCCCCAACGGCGUGCGCGUGCUGCCCGCCGCCCGGGGCGCCGCCGGCUCCAGCUCCAUCACCUGCCCGCAGUGCCACCGCAGCGCCUCCCUGGACUCGCGCGGCCUGCGCGGCUUCCCGCGCAACCGGCUGCUGGAGGGCGUCGUGCAGCGCCACCUGCAGAGCCGCGCGCCGCCCGCGCCCGCGCCCGUGCCCGCCUGCCAGCUGUGCGCGCGCGCGCCGCCCGCGCCCGCCGCCGCGCGCUGCGAGCAGUGCGACGUGCUCUACUGCGCGGCCUGCCAGCUGCGCUGCCACCCGGCGCGCGGGCCCUUCGCCCGGCACCGCCUGCGGCCGCCGCCCGCCGCGCCCGCCGCGCCCGCCGUCGCCGCCGCCCGGAGUCCCGCGCCCGCGCGCCAGCCCGCCACCUGCCCCGAACACGAGCGCGAGCUCUACAGCGCCUACUGUGCCAGCUGCCGGAGCCCCGCGUGCAGCCUGUGCCUGGAGGAGGGCCGGCACGGCCAGCACGAGCUGCGGCCGCUGGGCGCCGCGUGGAAGCAGCACAAGGCCCAGCUAUCUCAGGCCCUCAAUGGAGUUUCCGACAAGGCCAAGGAAGCAAAGGAAUUCCUGGUGCAACUCAAGAACAUGCUGCAGCAGAUCCAGGAGAACGGGCUGGACUAUGAAGCCUGCCUGGUCGCGCAGUGCGACGCCCUGGUGGACGCCCUGACCCGGCAGAAGGCCAAGCUGCUCACCAAGGUGACGAAGGAGAGGGAGCACAAGCUGAAGAUGGUCUGGGACCAGGUCAAUCACUGCACGUUGAAGCUGCGCCAGUCCACGGGGCUGAUGGAGUACUGCCUGGAGGUGAUCAAGGACGAUGAUGCCUCAGGGUUCCUGCAGAUCUCUGAUGCCCUGAUCAAGCGUGUGCAGGUGUCCCAGGAGCAGUGGGUGAAAGGCGCCCUGGAGCCCAAGGUGUCAGCGGAGUUCGACCUGACCCUGGACAGCGAGCCUCUGCUGCAGGCCAUCCACCAGCUGGACUUCAUCCAGAUGAAAUGCAGAGUGCCCCCCGGGCCCCUGCUGCAGCUGGAGAAAUGCUGCACUCGGAACAACAGCGUCACGCUGGCCUGGAGGACGCCGCCCUUCGCCCACAGCCCCGCCGACGGCUACAUCCUGGAGCUGGAUGAUGGUGACGGGGGCCAGUUCCGGGAAGUGUAUGUGGGCAAGGAGACCCUGUGUACCAUCGACGGGCUCCACUUCAACAGCACCUACAACGCCAGAGUAAAAGCUUUCAACACCGCCGGUGCCGGGCCGUACAGCAAGACAGUGGUCCUGCAGACCUCAGAUGUGGCCUGGUUCACCUUUGACCCCAACUCUGGGCACCGAGACAUCAUUUUGUCCAAUGACAACCAGACGGCCACCUGCAGCAGCUAUGAUGACCGUGUGGUGCUGGGCACAGCCGCCUUCUCCAAGGGCGUGCACUACUGGGAGCUGCACGUGGACCGCUACGACAACCACCCCGAUCCCGCCUUUGGCGUGGCCCGGGCCAGCGUGGCCAAGGACAUGAUGCUGGGCAAGGACGACAAGGCCUGGGCCAUGUACGUGGACAACAACCGGAGCUGGUUCAUGCACUGCAACUCCCACACCAACAGGACGGAAGGUGGCGUGUGCAAAGGAGCCACCGUGGGCGUGCUGCUGGACCUGAACAAACACAGCCUGACCUUCUUCAUCAAUGGGCAGCAGCAGGGCCCCACAGCCUUCAGCCACGUGGACGGGGUCUUCAUGCCCGCCCUCAGUCUCAACCGCAAUGUGCAGGUCACUCUGCACACAGGCCUGGACGUGCCCACAAGCCUGGGGCAGCCACAGCCGGCAGGCAACUAG